AUGGCAUGAAUAUAGGCAUGUCGAGUAUAAGAACUAUUUGUGACAGAGUGGAUUGGUGGAAGAAUAUCUGUGUUCUGGUCCCUAAUUGGUCGAGAUUGGUCCCUCGUAUGACUUUAUUAUACCUAGGGGAUCCCAUUUCCAUUAUGUUGUGUACAUGACGUUUCAUCUUUUCGACACUAGUUUAUGUUUGCAUAUGUUAAUCUUGACGGACUGUCUUAAAGUGUUAUGAAUAUUUUUUAAUCUCUUGUUUCAAAUAAUACAUUAAUAUUUUCAGCUAUAAGGAUUUUUUUCCCGUUGAGAUGAUAUAAUUAAAUGAGUUGCAGUCUUGCUUACCUUAUCUUUUUUGGAUCUAGAACAGCUUUCUGCCUGUACAUCAUCUGGGGAUAAUAGUGCAUCGAUUUAAUUUUUUAGAAAUUUUUCUCGUAUAACUGAGUUUUCGUUUUUCUUCCGCAUUAUCAUUUAGGGAAGCUUUCAGAAAGGAGUGUCUAGGAAAGAAAAACCCAGAGGUCGUCAUCAUGGAUUAACUACGCAAAAGAGGCAAGAGAUAAGAGAAGCAUUUGAUCUUUUUGAUACUGAUGGCUCUGGUAUGAUUUUAUAGAGGGCAACUUAUUCAUCUUUCACCUGCUUUUUCCUUCACAACUGACGCUACUGUCCAUUCUACUGUUUUGAAGGCACGAUUGAUGCCAAAGAGCUGAAUGUUGCCAUGAGGUAUUAAAUUUCUCAAACUUCUCUCGAAUUUGAUCAGCUUGAUGUAGCUUUUUAUAUUAAUGUUUUCUUUGAUUGUCUUCAGGGCUUUGGGUUUUGAGAUGACAGAUGAGGUAUUACUUGUCCCUCAGCGGUUUGUAAUAUCAAAUUUAUCCUUUUUUCAUUUUUUCUUGUUAAUGCAGACCUAUACCUUACCAAUGAGCAUGUUAAUGUGUUCUCUUUGAGUGACCUAUGUUGAAUGUCCUUUAGCGAUUUUAUAAUGUCUUUUCUAAGUGCCGUAGUAAAUAGUAUUAUCUUGACGGUUAAAUUGAGAUGCGAUGCAAGUGUCGUUUUUUAUUGAAAUUUAGUACUCUCUUAAACGUGAGCAGAAAUGCAUUCUGUUUUUUUCUUAGUGAGUGAUUCGUGAUAAUGUUGGUGCUGAGAUUUUUAAUGAAUUUGAUUUGCUCAAUGGUACAACUGCUACUAUUUUUGGUGUCAGGUUGGAGAUGAGAUGAAUAGAUUUUGUGCUCAAACACUUUACAAACUUUUGUGUCAAGUUUGACGUAGGCCAACUCUUGUAUGUCUUUGUUUAUGGUUGGAUCAUCUCUCAGAUGCUUGGAUGACAGCUAAACUAUGCUUCUGAUAUACUUAACUGUGUGCCUACGGUUGGUAGUUAAAUUGAACUGAUGAUAUUCUAAGCAACGCUAUAAAUCCCUGUCCAAGUUUCUUGUGAGAUUUUUUUUGAGCUAAUCAAACUGGAGAAGUACCAGAAGAUCAUCUUAGGGUACCUCAUAACGUGAAGAAUCACCAGUGACUCAUUUCCGAGUAUUUUUUUAAGUGUCCCAAAUGCUUCUUUGAUGUGCCUUCUCGCUAAUUGCUUUGUGCUAUUCAUUCCUCUCAUUUUCUCAUAGCAUCAUUUGUAUUAGGCUCUUUUCAAUGCUAAAGACAGGAAGAAUUGCAUACCCUCAUUCUAGUAUCUCCCUCAUUUUUCGUUACCCUUAGAGUUUCUUGUCACGAACAAGGUAACUGACUUGUAGUGAUCAAGAAAUACUGAUAAGUUCCUGAUGAACUGCUAAUACUAAGAUUCUUAGGCUUUCUUCAUUAAAUGAGAGUUACGGUUGUGCAUUCCAUGCAGUAAUGUCUUGAUGCAUCCAUAUUAAGUCCAAUUACACAGUCUAGAAUUUAAAACCACGGUCAAGGAAAAUUUAAUUCUUCGACAAGAAUUUUUGUCAUUAUGAUUCCCCUGAAUCUUCCAAACUGAGACGAGAGAUUAGGAAACUUAGAAUGACAAGAUAUUUUGUUCCUUCUUCACCGUUCUGUUAUUGAAAUAUCUGACUAGUCAUGCUCUUUUCAUUGUUCAUAUGCUUCAUGGGAAUUUUUGUGGAAACAUAUGUACCGAUGGACUAUUAUUAGAUGCACCUUAUGGUUCAGAUGAUCAGGAAUAAUGAAAUUACUGAUUUUUUUUAUUCUCUCUGAUCUGGAAUGAUCUAAAUGGAGUCCUUUCACUCCAUAUGUGAUCUGAUUUUUUUACGCUUUUUUUUGUUUCUUUUUAUGUUGGAGACUGAUAUCUGAAGCAAUUCCAUUGGUACAGCAAAUCAGGCAGAUGAUUGCCGAUGUAGAUAAAGAUGGGAGCGGGGCAAUCGAUUAUGACGAAUUUGAAUACAUGAUGACGGCUAAGAUCGGAGAAAGAGAUACAAAAGAAGAGUUGAUGAAAGCCUUCCGCAUUCUUGACCAUGAUAAAAAUGUGCAAUCUCCUUCUUCAGCCUUUCUCAUCUGCUUGCAAAGUUCUUGAAUUGUUGUUCGCUCAUUUUGUUCCAAUGUUUGCCAAGUUUUGAGAUUUGCAUCUUCAUUCCUUGCUCACUUUUCUUGGUUUCCUCUUUUCUUUGCAAUAGGGGAGGAUAUCUGACGUAGAUAUUCAACGCAUUUCGAAAGAAGUGGGAGAGAGUUUCACUCUCCCAGAAAUCAGAGAAAUGAUUGAAGCAGCGGAUCGUGACGGUGAGAUACACUUGUUAAUCGAGUUUUAUGAUCAUCCUUUAAUCUGAAAUUUGCUUCCUGUGCCUAAUUUCUCGUCCAAACAGUUUCGCCUUGUGGUUUGCAAGCUUACUAGAGAGAGAAGAAGGAAAGUGUCCUAAAAGGGCGAGAACAAUAUCCAGGGUUUCAGUGUGCUGAGAGAUCCAGAAGUGGUUGCCCAAAGUAGUGAUACUAUUGGUGGCAGUUCUAGUAUUCUGGAUUGGCCCAUUACACCUUUUCUUUACCACCCUAGAAAUGACAUGAAUUACUUGUUCAGGGUGACUUUAUAUCUUUAUACUGUGAUGAAAUCCAAGGAUUCAUUUGAAAUUGUUUCUUUCUAUACAUAAUGUCACUGUCCAUCUAUGAAUAAUCCAGGGAAGAGGCCAGCUACUCGCUCUUUCUUCCAGCUAACUGUCGCCUUCCAUUGAGCUCCUCUGAUAUCAUCUGUUAGCGUUAUUGCCCCAUCUAGCUAGAAACCAAUAUGGGGGCCACCCUUAUUCAUCCAACCAGUCUUCCCUACCUUCUGUGCGAGUCUCCAAAACAAGUGGGAGACAUUAUCAGAGACCUGGAUGCCCAACGACCAGGUCUCACCCACAUCUCAUCUAAUGGCUGUCACCUGGCUGAGCUCAUCAAAUUCUGCGCAUUCAUCCUAUUAUGACCAUAUUUCCCUAUUGAUUCAUCUUCUUCUCUAAUCAUCGGCAAGAAUUCCAGUCCCACCUUCAAUGGGUUUCAACCAAUAUUCCGCUUCUUCUUCAUCUCCAAUUGUGAACGUAUUUCCCCCAUGGAUCCACCUUGUUCUAUAAUCAUCUCCCAGAAUCUCGGACCCAGCGUUCUGAACCCCUUCCCGUCACCAUCAUCUCCAAUGGGUUUCAACCAAUAUUCCGCGUCUUCCUCAUCUCCAAUGGUGAACAUAUUUCUCCAUGGAUCCACCUUGUUGUAUGAUCAUCUCCAAGAAUUUCGGAGCGUUCUGAACCCGUUUCCCUCACCAAGAUUUCCUCUUGUGGGGUGUGCAGGUGAUGGUGAGGUCGACACCGGCGAGUUUCUCCGGAUGAUGAAGAGAACUAACUUCGGCCAGUGA